AAAAAGUAACGAUGAUUAAGAAAACAGCCUUCCUCACAGCCGGUGACACCAGCAACUUUGGUGUCGUCCGCAAACUUUGCAACCAACCUGCCAUGGCCUUGGUAAGUCUGAUGGUCUUAUACGAGGAUGAUUCUGUGGAAGUCCAACUCGCGGAUGGCUCCAGCCUCCAGCUCUCCCCUUGCGGAUCCGAAUUUAUGAUUGAGAAGAGUCCUGCGCCGAACUUGCACCCCUUGCAGAGCUGCUGCCGGGUGCGCCAGCGAACGCUGUUCACCAUCAGCAUUUACAAGGAGCAAGUACUGCAUGCUCUGGAGUUCAGGAAUCGAUUUGCCACUUGUCCGUAUCUCCCUGCAGAUUUGAUCACUGCAGACAAACUACAGAACCUGUUCCUUGAUAUCCCUGAAGUGAAAUGGCCCGGUACAGACAGGGAAGGUGCAGUGACGAUCGCUGACAAUGGUCGGGUUAUGGUCUCCUCCCUGGGAGGUCAAGCCUUCCUCUACUUGUCCCCAUCUCGACUGGAGUUCACCGUGGAGUUCCUGGCGCGGGUCAGCCGCCCCGUCCCCGGCAAACCGCGUCCUAAACCGGGACUGGCGCAGAGCGACGGGCUUAGCUCGGAGCAGGAGAACGUGAAGCCUGUGGCACUGGCUUCGGGGAACAACGCUUCGGUGGGGAGAGCCCGCGGUCGGCAGGGUGAAGCCCAAAGAGCUGCGCCACCCUGCAAGCCGGAUGUCAGAGGCUCAACGGAGAUGUGUCCCAAGUACACGCACCAGUACACCUGGGUGGUCCAGCACCACACCGUCUCCCUGUGUCCACCAGAAUGGCGUCACCCUCUCAAUCUAGCACUUCACUGCAGUGGGCAAGAAGAUAAAUCACCAAGCGACCACUCCGGCAGACAUGACAAGCCUGAGACACCGGGGCCUCUUGCAGUGCCAGAAGCCACCACUAUUCCGCCCAAGGCUCUGCCCCUCAACUGUCCAGCCCCACAUCUUCACAGAUGGCGAUACAGAAAUGUGUUGAGUCAGGGAGAGCCAGACUUGGAGACCUGUCUGGAUUCGGAGCCAGUGAAAGUGGUUUGGUGCCAAGGUGUUGUGUACAGAGUAAUUGCUGGGACAGUGACCUCUGUGGAAAUUUACCCAGGAGAUGGUUCUGUUCUCAAAGCCCACGAUGCCAUGAGCAACUACUUCACUCAUUAUCGGGUGGGACACGCUGACGUGCAGGGAGAAGAGAGAAUGUACAGAGUGAGCAGCCUUCCUCCAGACACACCUGGCUCCAAAUACUCCAUCUGUUCCAUGGUCACACGUGCACUCAGGAUCCUGCAGUGCUGGAACCAGUUCAAGCUGUCCCUAAAACUGCCCAGUGUGCGUUGCUGGAUCACGGAGGAGUUGCAGCCAGGACCUCCUAUCCAGUUCCCAGCUAUUCUCGCCGAGGAAGUGAUUGGUAACGUCGGAAGAUUCCUGGCAUUUUCCGAUGGGCAGGUCCAUGUCACCUUCUGCAACGGCGUUCGACUGAGCACAACCUGGGACUUUGGGUCCCGGCAGAGGAGAGAGCAGAAGACCAUGUCCCAGCAGGGCAAUCCCAUGACCUCACCCACGGGUCUCGGCGAAACACAAGCUGGUUGGUACCGAUUAUUGUUUCCAGAUAGAUCCUCCCAAUCGGUUCAAAUGCAUUCUGCUGGAAGCUACGAGAGAUACGUUACUGCAGCAACGGACUGGUGCCGACACGUGUGUGAAAAAACACAGGAGCGAAAAUCCAAGGACAUGCCCAGUCAACAGGCCAGCGGACAGGAGGAGAACUGGUCUGUUAUCUCAGAACUUCAGAAGAUCCAGAGGUUUAACUUUCUGCUGGAGAACUCCAAGUAUCUAAAGCCUGAGCCCCCAUCGCCCACCGUUCCUGCCCUUCAGCCGCCCACGGAGACCUCCCUCCCACCCCCAGGAGAUGACGGCUGGAGCGUGGAGUUGGCACUGCAAAGGACUGGCAGGGCCAUCCAAGAUAUCGAGCUGCUGCUCGAGGCAAACCAAAAAGCGGUGACGGCAAAAUUAAAUGAGGGAGGCGAAGGGUCGGGCACGCUGAGGGAAACACAGGAGUGCAGUGGAUGAACAGGAACGUCACUGUAUUCAAGACCUGUCUUAAACUUCAGGGCAAUGGACUUGCUCAGAUCUGCCCCCAUGCACUUUGCAAGGCUCCUGCGGUAUUUAAAAGAUGCAAAAUCACCACAGAGAACAUGGGUCCGAGGUGGUGGAGACGCGAGAGAUGCUGGAGAAUGGACGAACCAAUAAUCUGCUGGAGGAACUCAGCGGGUCAAGAAAUUAUCAGUGGGUCGGGAGGAGGUGGGAAGGAAUCAUUGACGUGUUGGGUGAGGAGUGAGAGUGGAGGGGGAAGGUAGCCAGUAUAAAGAGGAGGAGGCGUGAGGUGGUAGGAGGAGAGGUGAGGAACAAUGGGUAGAUAACUCAGAUCCAUGUUCUCCAGAGAUGUUGCCUAACCCGUUACUCCGGCACUUUGUCUUUCCUUGGUAAGCCAGCGUCUGCCGUUCCUUGCAUUGGUGACUCAGGCAACUGCAGGUAGCACAACCCAGAGCUACAGUCCCGUUUAAACACAAAUUUUUAUUCUACAAAUACUUUUCUUCAAAAAAUAAAAUAAACAUACAGAGUAUUAACA